UGCUCCGCUCCGGGGAAAAAAGCAGCGAGUUGCAAUGAAACGCAACGUCUGAAGAGAGUGGAGGAGAGAAGGAAGGAGGAGGAUGGGAGCGAAUCGUAUCCCCUUUAAGUGACCCACAUCUUACAGUAGACCUACAUAGUAUCACGGCUAGUUCUUGCUGAUUUUUCUCCACCAAGAUGUCGGCGUCGGCAAUAUUUAUUCUCGACCUGAAGGGAAAGGUGCUAAUCUGCCGUAACUACAUGGGGAACAUGGACAUGAAUGAGAUUGACCACUUCAUGCCCAUCCUGAUGAAGAGAGAAGAGGAGGCUGAGGUGACACCUCUGGUCACCCACGGUUCCUCACACUUCCUGUGGAUCAAACACAGCAACCUUUACUUGGUGGCGAUGACGAAGAAGAAUGCGAACGCUUCCCUGGUGUACUCCUUUCUUUAUAAAAUUGUACAGGUAUUUAAGGAGUACUUUAAGGAGCUUGAAGAGGAGAGUAUUCGUGACAAUUUUGUGACGGUGUACGAGCUGAUGGAUGAAGUGAUGGACUUUGGUUUCCCUCAGACCACUGACAGCAAGAUCCUACAAGAGUACAUCACCCAACAGGGUCAUAAAUUAGAAAUCGGAGCUCCUCGACCUCCAGCCACCGUCACUAAUGCCGUGUCCUGGCGGUCGGAGGGCAUCAAGUACAGGAAGAACGAAGUGUUCAUGGACGUCAUUGAGUCAGUCAAUCUACUGGUGAACGCCAGUGGCUGCGUCCUGCGGAGUGAAAUAGUGGGCAACAUCAAGCUCAGAGUAGUCCUGUCGGGGAUGCCAGAACUCAGAUUGGGCCUCAAUGACAAAGUGCUGUUUGAAAUAACAGGCAGAGAGAAGAGUAAGACAGUGGAACUGGAGGACGUGAAGUUUCAUCAGUGUGUCCGUCUGUCACGCUUCGAGAACGACCGCACCAUCUCCUUCAUCCCCCCCGAUGGCGAGAGCGAGCUCAUGUCCUACCGCCUCAACACCUCAGUGAAGCCUCUCAUAUGGAUCGAGAGCGUGAUUGAGAAGUUCUCCCACAGCCGUGUGGAGAUCAAGGUGAAGGCCCGGAGUAAUUUUAAGACCCGGUCCACUGCCAACAACGUGUCCAUUCUGGUGCCAGUGCCCAGUGAUGCUGACUCACCCAAGUUCAAGACCAGCACAGGCAGCGCCAAGUGGGUGCCCGAGAAGAGCGUGGUGCAGUGGAACAUCAAGUCUUUCCCUGGUGGUAAGGAGUACAUCAUGCGGGCACACUUUAGCCUACCCAGUGUGGACAGUGAUGAGCUGGAAGCAAAGAGACCAAUCACAGUUAACUUUGAGAUCCCUUAUUUCACCGUGUCUGGCAUUCAGGUACGUUACCUUAAGAUCAUCGAGAAGAGCGGUUACCAGGCCUUACCAUGGGUGCGCUACAUCACACAAAGUGGAGAUUACCAGCUCCGGACAAACUAAAGGGCACAGAUGCUGCUAGACGAAUGGAUAUUUCUCUCUCUCUCUCCUUCUCUUCCUCUCUCCUCUCCUCUGUUUCUCUGGCUCCCCGUCUGCAAUGGACAGCAGAGGUCAAGCACAGGAGGACACACAAAAUUGUUUCCUACUCUGAACGCAAACAAGACAUCAUCCCUUCCUCCAAGACAUUCUCAACAAAGACGGGAAAGGCUGUUGCCUCACUUUUGAACUGUGACUCUUUUUUUAAGGGCUCCUCAGGACUCCGGCAAAACGUUUUAAUAUAUUAAUAAUGAACUGAUAACUUUGUGACACCGUCUAGUUCUGGCAAGUUCUAAUUGUCUUGCUUUUAAUGUGAUAUCCUCCGAGGUUAAUUUAGAGCUUAAUUCUGGAGGAAAAGACAUUUUGAAAUAUUAUGAAAUUUCAGGAUUUGGAGCAUUAACUUUGUGGGGGUACUUGGCUUGUCCACUGAGAUGUGUAGCUUUUUACUGUAUGACAUGCAAACCGAAAGAUUGUGUUGUGCCAACAUACAGUAACUGUGAUGGGUCAUAGUCAAUUUUGUAUUUCUCAAAGGAACAUACAAUUGCAGAUCUGAAUCAAGUGUGCCGUGCAUUUUGUCCGAUGUUAUUCUUUUCAGGACGUAUUGUUUGUGCUCUAUGCUGAAUUUAAACCACUCCACCACAUCUCAGCACAUCAGUCAGCAUGCUUAAUUGUAAGGGUUUUUAUUCCUCCUAUGUUUAGUCCUUAAUAACCAUGUUAUGAUCCAUAUACAGUACAUUUUAUCUCUGUUGUUAAUCUGCCUCCCUCUCAAAAGCAUAUGUUUUGCAGGAACCUUUAUAUUAUAUAUUCAUUGCCUUAAAAAUUGCCUAUGUAUCAUCACCUUUAGUGCUGUGAACAUAAUCCCCAGUGCACUGACACUAACACCAGCAACCAGAUCAAUGAGACACAAUAUUGUCAGAGGCGUUGUCAGUGGAACAUAAUACCGUCGACGCGCUCUCAUGGGGCCUGUAACCUUGUCCUUGUGCUCGAAAUCAGCUUGCAGCUUCGAGGCAGACACCGAAGGAAUGAGAAUGGUGCAGAACUUUUUGUCAUAUUUCUAUCUGUUGUUUAUAAUGUUCUAGUAAUAUGUGUGGAAAAUGUGUGAAGGGGAAAACAGGAGGUUGAGGGGCGGGGCAGGACAAAGGUAAAAUAACCUGCAGGGAUUCUGAGAAUAUGGACGAUAUGUUAAACAAAUAGUUUUUCCAUGACUUUCAUGUGUGUGGACCUCUGCAGGCCCACACACUUCUUCAAAGCAGUGUGUGGUGUGAUUCACGUGCUCUGCUGUGCAUGCAUCGCACAGCCAUCAGUUCAGCUGCACUGCAGGCAGCAAAGAAGAGUCCUGUGUCGAUUUAUUGCAAUGCGAAGUACAAAAACCUUCUAUUACAAUCGUUGUGUUAUCAUAUUAUUAUAUUAUCAUUAUCUUGUGUGGGGACAUUUUUCUGACAUCAAUGACGAUUGUUAAUAAGUGUGUGUACUCAUGUGUUUUCAUUGAUUGAUCAACUGCUAUUUGUUGAUGGGAAGCAAAGGGAUAUAUUUGGAAAUAAACUUUUUUGUAUAUUGAUUGGAA